GGCACUUAACCUGAACACCGAAGCCUUAGACGAGAUGGCACCGGAAAUCACUUGGAAGGGCCAACCAUUAUCCAUCGCACACCUUCCACAUUAUGAUGCUCUUCACCCAACGGAGGCACAUGUCGUGUCAGUUCUACGUCUCACUCCGGUACAAUAUCUGACAGGGAAGUACACCCUCGUCUCGGCAGCCCAAAGAUACGUUCACCGAGCCCUUCCGUUCAAAAAGAGCGAUGCACAAAAAUUGUUGCGCAUAGACGUCAACAAAGCUAGUAAACUCUGGGAGUUUUUCCGUCAAAAUCAAAAUGAUGAAAUUUCUUCAGGUGUCCCCGUCGCAUUUGAUUUCAUGGGUAGUUCGGAGAUUUUUGAUUUCACUCAAGAAAAUCGCAACAACCGACACCCAUGA